AUGAAGCUCCGAUUUCUCGUGCUGCCAUGUCUCAUGAGCACUUCCCUAGCCUUAUGGCCCAUCCCAAAGUCAUAUAAGCAUGGCGACACCGUGCUCUGGAUAUCCAAGAACGUAACAUUUUGCUGGUACGAAGCUGGCGCUGAAAAUGUAGACUACCACCCCGAGCAAGCACCUUUCCUCUUUGCAUCCACUUCUAACACAGGCACUGUGCCACAGAACCAGACUGGAGAUCAUCUCAGCCUCCGCGGACGUUACACGGCGCCGUUCGAGAGCCACAAAAACGCGAGAGACACGACGGGGGUCUCGGGCGACGACAUAAUCGACUACGCCAUUAGAUCGACGUGGGAUACUGUCUUCAAGGAGGGCUUCUACCCAUGGAAACUCCACACUCGGAACUGGGCGGAGCCAUCUCAGGGCAGGAGAGCAAAAUACGUGGAUCAUGUCGACAUCUGUCUGCUUGCACCGGAUUCGACGAACGUUGCAAAAUCUUUGGCAGGAGAUGUGGAUGAAUCAUACACACUCAAAUUGACAGAGGACGGCGUAGCAACAGUCGCGGCGAACAGCAGCGUCGGCAUUGCCCGAGGUUUGACAACCUUUACACAAUUGUUCUUCCAGACCUCAAACAACGAGCAGUUCUACACCCCUGAAGCACCCGUUACGAUCGAAGAUGCACCAAAUUUCUCACACCGAGGCAUCAACCUCGACGUCUCGCGAAACUAUAUCCCCAUCCCAGACAUCAAGCGCCAGAUCGAUGCUGCCGCGUACACCAAGAUGAACCGUCUGCAUCUGCAUGCGACAGACUCGCAGUCCUGGCCCCUGGAGAUACCUUCUUUGCCCGACCUCGCGCGUAAAGGCGCAUACCGCCCAGAUCUAAUCUAUACCGCCGCCGACUUCGCAGACCUGCAGCGCCACGCCGCGCUCCAAGGUAUCCAGCUCAUCACCGAAAUCGACAUGCCAGGCCACACAUCCAGCAUUUGGUACUCGGCGCCCGAGCUGAUCACCGCAUACAACCAGCAACCAAACUGGGACACGUAUGCCGCGGAACCGCCGUCCGGGACCUUGAAGCUGAACUCCACCGCCGUGGGGAAGUUUCUGGAUACGCUGUUCGCAGACCUCAUGCCGCGCCUGGAGCCGUACACGGGCUACUUCCAUACCGGCGGCGACGAAGUGAAUCCCAACGCGUACACGCUGGACAACACAGUGGACUCGAGCGAUCCCGCAGUCCUGCAGCCGCUAAUGCAAGCCUUCGUGUCCGCGAACCACGAGCGCGUCCGCCAGCGCGGUCUAACACCCAUCGUCUGGGAAGAAAUGCUGUUGACCUGGAACCUCACUCUCGGCCCCGACGUCGUCGUGCAGAGCUGGCAGAGCGACGAAGCCGUCCUCCAAAUCGUGCAAUCAGGACAUAAAGCGCUAGUCGGGAACUACAAGUACUGGUACCUCGACUGUGGAAAGGGGCAGUGGCUUGAUUUCGCGCCGGGCGAGGCGAGUGCAGACGCAUGGCCGUAUCAGGACUAUUGUGCGCCGUUUCAUAACUGGAGACUAAUCUACUCGAAGGAUCCCUAUGAGGGUGUGCCGGAGGAUCUGAGGCAUUUGGUCAUUGGUGGUGAGGCGCAUAUGUGGGGUGAGCAGACGGAUGCAAUUAAUCUGGAUCCGAUGCUGUGGCCGCGCGCGGCGGCGGCGGCGGAGGUGCUAUGGAGUGGAGCGAAGGAUGCGCAAGGUCAGAAUAGGAGUCAGAUUGAAGCCAGUCCUAGGCUGAGUGAUCUGAGGGAGCGAUUGGUGGCGAAGGGCGUGCGUGCUGAGCCGGUGCGCAUGCCGUACUGCGAGAUGGAGUCAGACGGGAACAGAAGCCCACAAUGUCAGUUGGGAAUGACAUAA